CAGUGAUCAGGGCGGGUGAGUGGCAGGGUGCUUCUGUCUUCGUACUUCCAGCCAUCAGCAUUGUUGUCUUACUCAACCAUUUAGAACCGUGAUGCUGCCGUUGGCUUGGCUGUUGUUGAUGGCUGCAACAUGCGUCAACCUCGCCUCGUCCACCACACCAGUCAUCGGUGUGGUGCUGGAAGAGACGACACCGGGAAAGGCGCCAGAGGACCACAAACACCUGAAGGAGACGAUGAAGAGCUUGAGUAUCGAGCUGAACUUUACCGUACAGAUUAUUAUUACCACAAGUCCUGCCUCGUUUCCCUCACAGAUUCCUGGAGUCGUUGGCUUGGUCGCUUAUGGGCGGUGCUGGAAGGGGGGCGUGGUGGGCGUAAUGGAAGACCUUGGCGUAGGCGUACCAGUUCUAAGCUUGAUGGUAGAGAGUUGUGGUAACCUAUCAACACCAUCUACACUACUGCCUCUCUACACCCUUAUGGACCACCAGAGGACGUACUGUUUACCUAGGAUACUGACGGAGUGGGUGAAGGGGGUGUUGACACGUCUCCACCUCCACACGCCCGUAGUAUCACCCUCAACACACGCCUACAACCUCACCCACGCCCUCACACACCAUCUGGCUAGCUUUCAACGCGUAGGACACCAGGAGCUGACUGGAUGUUGGGUGACGUCUCCAGCCAAAGAUCUGAGCCAACACACUCCACUGAGAGGUCAGGAGUACAGAGCUCACGUGAGGGCCACUAUCAAAGCUCUACUGCAGGGUCAUGUACUCACCAUCGUCCUCAAACACAGGGCGCCGUACGUGUUCCUGGAGCUCAGAGGACGUCAAGUCAUCGGUUCUUCAGGGAUACUCAUUGAACUGCUCCACACCCUGACUCAGAUUUACAACUUCACGUACAUCAUGAAACUACCUGACGAUGGCAAGUGGGGCUCCAUCAGUAGUGACGGAUCCUGGAACGGUAUGGUGGGGGAAGUGCAUAGAAACGAGAUGGAUAUGGCCCUGGGUCCUACGUCGAUCACAGAGGAGAGAGAAAAGGCGAUUGACUUCACCACUCCGUUUGACUUCGAGCCGUGGGACAUUAUGAUCCCAGCCUCUCAGGAGAAUGUUGAUCUCUCUGCUUUCUUGAUGCCGUUCAGUGGCUAUGUGUGGGUGGGCGUGAUGAUGUCCUGGAUAGCGGUGGGUGUGAUGCUGUUUCUCCUGUCCAAGUCUGAUUACCAUCUGUCUGUUUUUUCCGUCCAAUCUUCUUCAGGUCCCCGUUCACCUUCCGUCCUGAGAUUUCUUUUAGAAUCCCUUGGGUCUCUUCUUAGUCAGAGUAUCAGACAACCCAGAAGUGAGACUGUGAAGGUGUUAUCAGGAUGGUGGUGGGUCUUCUGUGUCAUAACCAUCGCUUCCUACUCCAGUAAAUUGAUAGCUUCCAUUACUGUCAGAUUUACGACGCCACCUGUUACCUCGUUGCUACAGAUGGUGGAAACUCAACCUAUAGUCUGGACCUACCAAGCAAACAGUGCCAUGGAGGAGCUGUUUAAGUAUUCGGAGGCCGGUAGUAUGUUCGGUAAGGUAGGUCAGCUACACCGUGAGAGAGAAGGUCUCUUAGUGAAAAGUUUUAAGGGAGGAGUUGAAGCCGUUCUGGAAAAGGAAUUUGCAUAUAUUGAGGACGCGUCGCUGCUGGAGUAUGCCAUCGCAGACGACCUGGCUGUGCAUGGUGACUGUCGGAUGAGUUUAGUCGGUGACCAUUUCUUCUUUACGCGAUUCGGGAUGAUUUUGCAGCGAAAGUCACCCUAUAGAGAAGCCUUCAGUUACGAGAUCCUCCAGUUCAUCCAGACGGGGUUGAUGGACGCCUGGAAGAAGAGGUUUUGGCCUGGUGCGAGUCGUUGUGUCGGUGCUGCAGCCAAGAGACCCGUUAGAGCUCUUAACUUCCUGGACGUAGCGGGAACACUGUUACUUCUGUUGGGAGGCUUGGCGCUCUCAGCUCUCCUUUUCCUGGUGGAGAUGAUGUAUUCUAGAUGCCACGGAUGGACGCCUGGGAGAGGAACUGCAGGUCUUAAGUGACUCGUCCCUGGCAAAGACCCAUGCAUAAUAAGCCUUUAAGUUUCUUGAAUGUGUUACUCUCAUUUCCUCUAUUAUGAUGACAGUGUGUGCUCGGUGUUGACCACAAGCCCGACUAACUCCUUUGUUCAUUAGAUGCCUCACUGAUGCCAAUAUCAGAUUCAUUUGAUGUUGACACCUUCCUGACUCAUGCCCCCCGUCCUGAUGUCUAUUCUUGAGGCAUGGCAGUACUCUCUAGUAUAUGAAAUGCUGGAUUUACAAACACAAGCUCUCACUCUUGUAGUCUGCCCUGUUGAUACCCUGUUCAAGUGCUGAUUUAUUGGCUACCAACACUGAUGUUUAUUACUAAUUUGUUCUUGUUGAUUUUUAGCUGUUUCUGUCCUUUGCAGUGUAGAUGUUAGUUGUUGCUGUCUAUUGAAGAGAGAGAGAGAGAGAGAGAGAGAGAGAGUGUUAAAAAACGCUAAUGUCACCUUAGUAUCACAAACAAUGAUUCAAGUUUGUGUUAGUAUAAGCACCACCUAACUUACUAUGUGUAAACAUUAUUAUAAACAAAGUCCAAUA